AUGACGACACCCCCGGCUGGACCGUCCUCUUUGGGAACAAACACCCCUCUGGCUCAGAAUAAAACGCAGAGAGCAGUUGUGGAUAAAGAGAAUCUGGCUCCCCAGCCACGAAAUACCACCAGGAAGAUUAGAGAAUCCUCUUAUGGCGGUCCACUCUGUCCAGGAGAUGAGACGAACAUGGAUAUGACUGAAGCUCAGACGGGACGCAUCCUGGGAGUGGAUGAUGACGAUGACCCUUUCCAGUGUCUCUUUCCCACUCAAGAAAUGUACGCCCACGCUGACAAAAGAGCAUCACAGACGACGAAGGCCAACCAGAGCAGUAAAAUGUUGGGCUCAACCAACCCAAAAGAGAGGAAGUCCUUGAUAAACCCUCCUCUACCUGCUCUUCAUCAAAGGCAGAAGGUCGGCUUUGAUGCAAAAGAUGAACGCAGAGAUAAAACUAUAAUCUUCACUGCAGAUGACGAGUUCAUGGACAUGACUCAGAGUCACACAGUGAACAUUGCCAGUGGUCCGACAGCUUCGGAGAAAAUGCCAGUAAAUAGUUCAGGAUUUCUACAUUGUAAACCAGUGGAGCCCAGUGGUAAACCUGUGUCUGCCAAAAUGAAACCUGCUGUGGCGUCGUCCUCCAAAGAAUCUGCCAACACAAACAACUCCCUGUUCCAGAUGAAAACACCAAGGACCCAUGUUGGUGAAGCCGAUAGAAAUGCAGUGUGUCCUAAAGACGAUGUGAGCAUGGAUAUGACCGAAACUCAAACUGGACGCAUAAUAGGGCUCAAUGGGUCAGAUGAUCCUUUCCAGUUUCUCUUUCCCUCGCAAGAAAUGUACGACCAGAGUGAUGGUCUGAAGAAAGCAGAUAUGUCUUCAGUACCGCAGAGCAGGGAAGCACGAAAAUCACUGAGCCAAAAAGGGUUGGAAACCUCAUUGAAGUCAUCCUUCAAGAAACGGGUGCAAAUACAUCAGGAGAAACUUGACUCCGAGGACGAUUACAGAGAGAGGACAGUGAGGUUCUCUGCAGAUGACGGCUGCAUGGAUGUGACUCGCAGUCACACUGUGAACAUUUCCACAGAUUUAAAGCUGCAUUCGUCCCAGAAUCUGGACUUUUUACCCACAUGUGGAGAAAAAACUGUGAGGUUCGAUGCAAACGACGCAGCCAUGGAUAUGACCCAGUGCCUCACUGUAAAUAUUGCCAGUAACUUAGUUUCAGAUCUUCCUGUGAAGAAACCAGAGGGUGAGACGUGCGGUCCACCUCCGAACAUGUCUUCAUUAUCACGCAGAAGUAUGUCCUCUGAUGGAGGUACUUUCUGUCCUGAGGACAACGUAAGCAUGGACAUGACAGAAGCUCAGACCGGCCGCAUUAUGGAAAUAUCUGGUCCAGAUGAUCCUCUUCAGUGUCUUUUCCCCACACAAGGCAUGUACGCCCAAAGUGGGAACCUGACUUCACAUCAACAGACCAGUGGACCUUCAGACUCUAAAGGUAUGGAAACCAUGUUGAAGCCCAUAAAGACAAGAACACCAAGGCGUCAGGACAAACCUGGCUCUCUGGAUGAGAGGACAGUGAGGUUCUCUGCAGAUGACGGAUGUAUGGAUGUGACUCGCAGUCACACUGUGAACAUUUCCACAGAUUUAAAACUGAAUGGGGACUUUUUACCCACGUGUGGAGAAAAAACUGUGAGGUUCAAUGCAAACGACGCAGCCAUGGAUAUGACCCAGUGCCUCACUGUAAAUAUUGCCAGUAAUUUAGUAUCAGACCUUCCCGUGAAGACACCGGAAGGGGAGACUGUCCCACCAUCCUCUCAUGGAUGGACAGUCUGUCCCGAAGACGACGUAAGCAUGGACAUGACGGAAGCUCAGACCGGCCGCAUUAUGGAAAUCUCUGGUGCAGAUGAUCCUCUUCAGUGUCUUUUUCCUACCCAAGGCAUGUACGCCCAAAGUGGGAACCUGACUUCACAUCAACAGACCAGUGGACCAUCUAACUCUAAAGGUGUUGAAACCUCAUUGAAGACUUCUUUAAAGACAAAGGUGCAAAGGCCUCAGGUCAAGUUUGAUGCUGAGGACGACUACAGAGAGAGAACGGUCAGGUUUUCGGCUGACGACGCCUGUAUGGAUGUGACACAAAGUCACACUGUGAACAUCAUGGCUGAUUUACAGUUGCAGUCACACCAAAAUGUGGACUUUAUACCUACUAGUGGAGAGAAAACUGUGAGGUUCACUUCAAGUGACGCAGCUGUGGACGUGACACGCAGUCAUACUGUAAACAUAGCCACGGCUCUCGAACCAAAUGUGGACUCCAUGCCUACAUGCAAAGAGAAAACUGUGAGGUCCAAUGCAAAUGAAGCAGUCAUGGAUAUGACCCAGUCCCUCACAGUAAAUAUUAACAGUGACGUGGCCUCACACGCUGUUCCAUCUCACGAGAACGUUCUACCCAUCUCUGAAAACGCAGGUUUGCCUUCUACUUGUAAUCCUCGUAGAAACAGAUCCUCAUCAGGACAUGGUUUAUUGUCCAAAACAAGUGCCUUAUGGACUGAUCCUGACGCAGAGUCUACUGACACGCCAUUCCCUCAAGAAACUACAGAUACGAAUCAGCUUGAAACACAGAUAUCAGGCAUGAAAACUGAACGUGAGGCCUCACGUUUGGUUUCGGGGAAGACAGAUGGUCAAGAAUUGAAUGCAAGCAUGGAUAUGACUGAAGCUCAAACAGGCUACAUCUUGGAGCAAACAUGCACAGAAGAGCCCCCUGAAUGUUACUCCAGUGAUGAACAUAUAAAGAAAAUGACUUCAUCUCAUUGCAACGAACCAGAGACCAAGAAAGAAACUGAAUCAACUACUACUUUAUCGCAGAAGAUGGAAAGUUCACCCAGUGCAGCCGACCAAGACGUUGAUCAUUCACAUCCGAGGAAGUCUAGACGGAUGUCUUUAGCUGACCUCCAGACAAAAAUAAGGCGUUUGAGCCACAUGAUAAAUGCAGCUCCUGAUGCUGUUCCAUUGGAAAGCUGCACAGCACCUUUGCCUAAUCUCAGCCACGACCUGGACGGAAAUUCAAAAGAUAAAACCACAUCUCCGUCUGAAGUGGAGCCACAACUUGAAAUGUCUUCAGUAAACGUUCCAGAUGAAGCUCAGUGUCUUAGAGAAGACGAACAAAUCUCUGGUACCACUACAGCUCCUUUCAGCCUGAAGACUAAUCAACUUAUGUCCAGACUCUCUAUGGGGGGCUUUAAACCCAAGCUCCCAGAGAGAAGCAAAUCCGAUGAAUCAAAGAAGCUAAACACUUCAGAACAUACAAAGACGGUCAACCUCGACGUUUCCCAUCAGAUGAGCAACACUGACAACGACGUGAGCGAUAUUUUCGACGAGGAGCUGGGCAGCUGCGAGGACAUGUCGGAAGCGCUGGACAUCAGGAGUCCUCAGAAACUCUAUGAGAAGGAAACGGUUCCUUCCCAAGAUCUGAACGUGGACGAGCCUCUAGACGACAACGUAUUCGAAGAAAACGCGAUUCGGACUGGUCAAGGACGAAAGAGGCCUUUACCAGAAGAUGACACGUUUAGAAAUGAGGACGAAAAGAGAAUGAACACAACCACUGAGAUGGUUGAAAUGGCGUUGCAGUCCGCCAUCGACCGUAACAUUACCGCAGCUCGUAUGACUUCACACACCAUAGACUCCUCCAACAGUAGCCACACAGCCAGCAUGAGAUGUGAGGCUGCAUUCGAGUCAACUUUUAAACACAGCAUGUUUGAAUCCCAGCUUGAAGACUACGGCAGCGAGGUGCAGAAGCAACUGGAAGACGGCAGCAUCACAGUUUUAGAGUUCUUCAAACUCUUCAGCAUUGACUUUGUCAUCCACAAUCCCAGACAGAGUGUCCUUCCUGGUAGACUUAUGUCAGAAACGGACACCACACCAAUGGAUGCACUGAAAGACAGGCAUGUCCACCGUCCUAAACAGACGGUCUACGAGUCAGACGUCCUGACCCUCACAGAGAAGGUGGAAGGGUUAAAAGUUCGAUUGCGAGAUCUUGACAAACCUCUUAAGGCUGUUAAUAGGCCUCUGUGGGAAGAGAUGAAGUGUUCUUCAGAGAAAGAGCUCAAAUCUUUUGGUUCCAAACUAAAAGAGAGAAAUAACUUCUUCAGAAAAACGAGCAAAGUUCAGUCGCAUGAAAUGAAGGAGGUCCUCUAUUCAAACCUUGUGCAGGCUAAUCUGGAGGAGCAGCAGAAAUUGAAAGGAACCCUUGAGGAGGCAGAUGCGAUGAUAAAAAGUCUCGAUGACUGUAUUCGCGAAUUAGAAACUGAACUGGCUGCAGUUGAGGAGAAAGGAUCUGAAAAUAAACCAAGUUUGAAAUCUCUCCGGGAAGAAAUGAAUAAAGUCACUGAGACUCUGGCUGAUAAUGAGAGACAAAUAUCUGAGCUGGAGAUGCAAAAGAAGCAGAACUCGAGCGACGUUAACCGGAUGAAAGCUGAGACCAGGAACCUGGAGAUCCGCCUCGACAUGCUCAACAUGCUGAAUGAAUGGAAAUUGAAGGACAUGAGAGACGACUGCACAAUCUUCACUUUUCUCCAUGAGACCAUGUAUCUACAAGUGGAGUUUGAAAAGUCUCCUGGAGAUGACGCUGGCGUUGGGUGUGAGCGGAGGAUAGCCCACAUCUCUUUCAAAUUUGAACUCGAUGACGAGCAGUCGUGGAGCCACGCACGCCUCGUUCACAACCUUGUCUCCCAGUACAUAGAGGGAGAAUCGGCCUGGGUGGAAAAAUAUCCAACGAGCAGACACCUUCCAAUGCUGCUCAACGACGUUAGCCUGGUGGUGAGUCGCUGUCGUCUGCUGGGAGAAGAGAUCCGCCUGCUGAAGAUGUGGGGGGGUCUUCGGCUCGAUAUCCUCGACAUCAGCUGCACCGACUCCAACGUGCGCAUCAUCUUCAGCAGCCUCCGGACGUUUUCCAAGUUUGAGGUGAUCUUUGCCGUCAGCUUGACCAACGAACUCUGUGUCCUUCAAGUAGAAAGCUUCAAAAACCUGAUCGGAAGCACAACGAUCCAGCAGAUUGAAGAGAUCGUGGCGUCGUUCACUCCGGGCAAGAAGCUCCUAACGAAGAUUGUCAAGAAGAUUCACGACGCUCUGCUCUGUUGAUACCAGGAAUAUAUGUCCACUCUCCACUUUCUUUGUUAUUACCAUAAUUAGCAGUUCUACUGAUUAAUGGUUUGUUCUUGCGCUCAUUGUUAUGUAUAUAUAUUCUGUACAGGGAGAUCCUACUCCAAAUCCUUCUCUUCAGCUGAUGUUUGUGUUGCUGUAUUAUUUGAUUCAUUUAGUUUAUACAGAAUAAUUAAAAUCAAAUGUACAACGUUGUGUGUUUUUAUUUAUGUUCUGAUUUACACGUCAGUUUAAAAGCUGCAAAUAAAACAUGGAAAUGCAA